AGGAAGCAAAGCCCGGGGGACAAGGAGCUGAGCGGGACACGGAGGGGCUGCAUCCUCCAGCGGCACCAGGAUGCCCUCGCCCAUCCCCUGCUCACACAGCGAGCCGGGCAAGGCGGCACGGGGCCAAGCAGGGCCAUGGACAGGGGCUGAGGAGCCCUGGCUGGUGCUGUGAGCUGGCCAGGGGCACACGGGGCGGCCGAUGGGACCCUGCUGCUGCCACCACAGCGCUGCUCACCCCAGGACCGCCCAUGUCACAGGAGGCCUCUGAUGGAAGGGGUCUGCAUCAACCGGUACCGCCAGCAGCUGGUGAGAUCCAUUUCCCCACAGCUCCUGGAGGACAUCACGUCCCCUCUGCACAGGCUGGAGCUCCUGAGGGCCAAGGGGGCUGCCCAGGUGCAGGCAGCGAGCCCCCUUCCCCAGCAGAACCCAUGGUGCAGAAGCACCUGGAGAGCCUCCAGAGCUCCUGUGGGAAUGGCCUGGAGACAGGAGCCCUGCAGCGCCUCACCAACCUGCUGCUGGUGGAAGGUCUGACCGACAUCCAGCAGAAGGAGCACGACAUCCUGCAGGUGGAAAUCACCAAAGGCCUGCCAAACACAUCCCAGAGCAUCCCCCUGGAGAAGCUGUUCCUGCCUCUCUCCAAAGUCAGCAUCCCCCCUCGGAUCUCCGUCACCAUCGGCGUGGCCGGGAUUGGCAAGAGCACGCUGGUGAAGCUGUUUGUCUGCAGCUGGGCAAAGGGGGAGAUCAGCAGGGACACCACGUUCGUGCUGCCCCUCACCUUCAGGGAGCUCAACACCUACGAGAAGCUCUCUGCCGAGCGCCUGCUGUGCUCGGCCCGCCCUCACAGCACCGAGCCCGGCCCCAUCUCGGCCGGAGCCGCCCGGACCCUGCUCAUCCUCGACGGCCUGGAUGAGUUCAAAACCCCCUUGGAUUUUUCCAACGCAGUGGUUUGCACCGAUCCCAAGAAGGAGAUCCAAGUGGACAGCCUGAUCACCAACAUUAUCAGGGGUAACCUGCUGCAGGAGGCCUCCGUGUGGGUCACGUCGCGGCCGGCGGCGGCCAGGCAGAUUCCCAGCGGGCUGGUGGAUCGGAUGACGGAAAUCCGAGGGUUUGGGGCUGCAGAGAUGAAGGACUUCUUGGACCAGAUGUUCCUGGGCAACAGAGAUCUGUCCAGCCAAGUCCUGCAGCACAUCAGGGCUAACAGGUCACUACACGUCCUGUGCACCAUUCCUAGUUUUUGCUGGAUUUCUGGCUCCUCAAUCGCUUAUUUCCUGAAACGCAGCAGCGACCGAUCCCAAGAAGCGACCGUGGUCCCCAGGACCCUGUCAGAAAUCUACUCCUAUUAUUUUAAAAUGGCUCUGAGCGGUGACUGGCUGGAAAAGCCACGAGAAACCCUCAGGACUGAGCAGGCUGUGAACACCAGCAAGAAGCUGGUGGGCAGCGUGGGCAGGCUGGCAUUCUGCGGGCUGCUGCGGAGGAAACACGUGUUCUACGAGCAGGACAUGAAGGCCUACGGCAUCGACCUCUCCCUGCUGCACAGCAGCCUCUCCACCCGCCUCCUGCUCAAGGAGGACACGCAGGCCUCCACAGCCUACUACUUCUCCCAUUUAUCCAUCCAGGAGUUCCUGGCAGCUCUUUAUUACUACACGGCGGCCAAGCGGGCCUUCUUCGACCUCUUCACGGAGAGCGGCGUGUCCUGGCCCAGGCUGGGCUUCCUCAGCCACUUCAGGAGCGCCGUUCAGCGGGCGCUGCAGGCCGAGGACAGGCAGCUGGACAUCUUCAUCCGCUUCCUCUCGGGGCUCCUGUCCCCGCAGGUGAACGAGCUGCUGUCAGGGUGGCUGCUGGUGAAGGGCGAGCACGGCGGGCUCAGGAGCCAGGCCAUCGGCGUCCUGCAGGGCUGCCUGAACGCCGAGCACGCCGUCUCCUCGCGCGCCGUCAACGCCGUGCGCUGCCUGCACGAGAUCCAGCACACGGACACCGCCAAGGCUGUGGAGGAGGCCAUGAGGAGAGAGAGCUUGGCUGGGAUGCUCACCCCCAUGAACUGCUCUGCCCUGGCUUAUCUCCUGCAGGUCUCUGAUGUUUGCCUGGAGGAGACAAACCUCUCCAACUGCCUCACCUACAAUGUCUGUAAGAGCCUGCUCUCCCAGCUCCUCUUCUGCCACAACCUCAGGCUGGACAAUAACCAGUUUAAGGACGAUGUGAUGGAGCUGCUGGGCAGUGUGCUGAGCGUGAAGGAUUGCCAGAUCCAGAGGCUCAGCUUGGCAGAAAAUCAGAUCAGCAACAAGGGAGCCAAAGCUCUGGCCAGGUCUCUGCUGGUGAACAGGAGCCUGACGGUGCUGGACCUGCGGAGCAACUCCAUCGGCCCCACCGGAGCAAAAGCCCUGGCUGAUGCCCUGAAAAAAAACCAAAUCCUGCUCUCCCUGAACCUCCAGCACAACUCCAUCAAGGAGCACGGGGCCACCUUCCUGGCUGAGGCCCUGCUGACCAACCACGGGCUGGUGACCCUGCACCUGCAGAAAAACGCCAUCGGAGCCCAGGGCGCCCGGGAAAUCGCGGAGGCGCUGAAGCAGAACCGCAGCCUGAGGGAGCUGAUACUCUCGAGCAACUCAGUGGGAGACAACGGCUCCAUCGCCUUGGCCGAAGCUCUCAGGGUGAACCACAGCCUGCAAAGCCUUGAUCUCCAGAGCAACUCCAUCAGCAGCACAGGGGUCACAGCGCUGACAGCAGCUCUCUGCUCCAACAAGGGACUCCUCAGCCUCAACCUCCGGGAGAACUCCAUCAGCAAGGAGGGCGGUCCCGCCAUCGCCCGCGCCCUGCGGAGCAACAGCACCCUCAGGAAGCUGGACUUGGCGGCCAACCUGCUGUACGAUGACGGGGGCAAGGCCAUCGCCUUGGCCAUCAAAGAGAACCGGGCACUCACGUCCCUCCACUUGCAGUGGAACUUCAUCCAGGCCAAAGCAGCCAUGGCCCUGGCACAAGCACUACAGUCCAACAGCAGCCUGGCCAGCCUCGACCUGCAGGAGAACGCCAUCGGAGACGAGGGAAUGGCCGCCCUGUCCGCUGCACUCAAGGUCAACACCACCCUGGCAGAUCUCCACCUGCAAGUGGCUUCAGUUGGCGCGGCCGGUGCCCAAGCCCUGGCAGAAGCCUUGAUGGUCAACAAGAGCCUGCAGAUCCUGGACCUGCGGGGAAACUCCCUGGGCCUGGCGGGGGCCAAGGCCGUGGCCAACGCGCUGAAGGUGAACCGCAGCCUCCGCCGGCUCAACCUGCAGGAAAACUCCCUGGGCAUGGACGGAGCCAUCUGCAUCGCCACCGCCCUGAAGGGCAACCACGGCCUCACCUAUGUCAACCUGCAGGGGAAUCGCAUUGGGCAGUCGGGAGCCAAGGUGAUCUCGGACACCAUCCGGACAAACUCGCCCGACUGCGUCGUGGACGUGUGAGGGGCCCUGGCUGCAGCGAGGGGGGCCCGGGGGUCCCUCUGCCCUGCUGACUGCAGGGAGCUC